GGUGAGAAGAGUCCUCGAGAUGAGCUUUCGCAGUACCCUCAGCGUCGGGAACUUCUACGACUCCCGCUACUCUCCAGUGCAGACAAGGUACAACUACACUAAAUCAAUCCAGCAGCUUCAUUCGCAAAUAAGGAAGCAGCGGGAGGAGGAAUUUAGAAGAGAAAAGGAAGAAGCAAAACGUAGACAAAAAGAAUUAGAAGUAUAUCAAGGAAAGUAUACCCGGUUAUUCUGGACGGUAUGGAGCAAAACGUUUUCAAAAUUAGGCGACGACUGGGUCUUCCUAGCGUUUCUAGGAAUUUUCGUGGCCAUCAUCAGUUACACGGUGGACAAGGGGAUCCAAAUGUGUACGACAGGUCGGAUGUGGCUCUAUACAGAGCUGGCUGAGAACAUGUUCUCCAAGUGGGUAGCCUGGAUCUGUUUGCCCUUCUGUUUAAUCCUAUGGGACGUGGGCCUCACCCACCUAGUGGCACCGCAAGCUGCAGGUUCCGGCAUACCCCAGAUAAAAACCAGCCUGAGGGGCGUGUUCAUGAAGGAAUUUCUGACGUACAAAAUCCUCAUAGCGAAAUGGCUGGGCAUCACCGCCACCAUAGGCAGCGGCAUGCCUCUGGGCAAGGAAGGGCCGCUCAUCCACAUGUCUAGCAUCAUCGUGACGAAGAUGAGCAACGCCCUGUCCACCUUCAACCAGGUGUUCAUCAACGAGAGCAAGAAGAUCGAAAUGCUGGGGGCGGCCUGGGCCGUGGGGGUGGCGUGCACUUUCAACGCGCCGAUUGGGGGUGUGCUUUUCAGUGUGGAGAUCACGACAGCUUACUACGCUGUUAGGAACUACUGGAGAGGUUUUUUCGCUGCGGUUUGGGGUGCUACCACCUACAGACUCCUGCUGGUUUGGAUAGAUGGCGUUGACACUAUUAAAGUGGUGUUCCCGACUAGCUUCUUCGUGGAUUUUCCGUACGAUCCUUUCGAAUUGAUAUCCUUUGCCAUUUUAGGUGUGAUAUGUGGGCUGAGCGGUUCGUUUUACAUUUGGUGCAAACAGUGCUUCAGCCAGUGGUACAACCGCACCAAAUUUAUCAACAAAAUACAGAAAUUCAACCGCUUCAUCUGUCCCGGUUUCAUUGUUCUGCUGGUAUCGACGGUCACCUGGCCUCCGGGCAUUGGCCAGUUCAUGGCGGCCCAGAUCGCUCCCGGGACCCAAGUCAUCGAGCUGUUCAGCAACUUCACCUGGACCAAAGAGAACCUGACGGUCACCCAGACGCAGGUCGUCUCCCAUUGGUCCACGGAGUGGUCCGGGAUUUAUACCAGUCUGGUGGUGUACAUUUGUUACCAGUUCAUAUUUUCGAUACUAGCGUCGUCCAUGCCCAUCCCAUGUGGUAGCUUCAUCCCCGUGUUCAGGGCGGGGGCAGCGCUUGGAAGAAUUGCAGGAGAACUGAUGCACCUCUGGUUCCCUCUAGGUGUGCGGUAUAAGGGAGUAAUCACACAGAUCAUGCCAGGUGCGUACGCCACGGUGGGGGCGGCGUCGUUCGCUGGGGCGGUCACCCACACCAUGUCGGUCUGCGUGAUAUUGUUCGAAAUGACGUCCCAGAUCACGCACGUUAUACCCGUACUAAUAUCAGUGCUCAUAUCAAACGGGAUAGCCAGGGUGCUGACUCCCAGCAUAUACGACUUGGUAAUCAUCUCCAACAAGUUGCCGUAUCUGCCGGAUCUGCUGCCCAGCACGAGCGCCAUUUACGAGGUCUACGUGGAAGAUUUUAUGGUUAAAAACGUGAAGUUUGCCUUCCUGGGCAUGACCUACGCCGAACUGAAGAAUCUCCUCCUGACCAACCGAAAGCAUAAGGUGUUUCCUUUGGUGGAUCAUCCUCAGAACAUGACGCUGUUGGGUUCCGUGCCCAGGGAGGAACUGGUAUGGUUGAUAGACAGGAAAAUAGGUAUUGCCAGGCGUAGACAAGUGUUACCGAGUCCGUCUAUUGGAAUACACAAGGAAGAGGAAGACAAAGACAAAGAAGCAGGCCCUUCAACGAAGACGAAAGAAAGUAUUGCUCAUAUCGAUGAUUCUAGCGACUCUGAAUUUGAGGAAAAGAAGAAAAAGUCGAAACGCGAGCUAAUAUUCGAAAAGUGGGGGAUUGACAGGAAAAAGCCAUCGACGUCACCAAAGUCUCCAAUGUCAGGAGGGAAAAGUGCAUCUACCACUCAUCUGGAAGUGUCCGUCAUCCGCGUUUGCGACUUACCAAUGGAAAAGCAGAUGGAGUGGGAGGACCAACAGAUGAAGGACCAAGUGGACUUUGCCACUGUCAGAAUAGACCCAGCGCCCUUCCAACUGGUAGAAAGGACCUCCUUGCUGAAGGUCCAUUCCAUAUUUUCCAUGUUGGCUAUAAAUUUCGCGUACGUCACUUCCAUAGGAAAGUUGGUGGGGGUGGUUACUCUCGAGGAAUUGAGGAAAGCCAUCGAAGAAGCCAACAGCGGCAAGCCGCCGAAGAAGCCGCUGAGGGCGCCCGCUUCGCCGCUGCCCAUGCUCGCGCAAACGCCAAUUUUGGCGAGAACGACAUCCAUGGAUCCCGGGGGCGGACCGGCUUGAUCGAAUAAACAAAAAAUUACCGUAUGGCCUCUUAAUUACCUCAAAAAAAUUGCGUGUUCCAGUCUAUGCCGUCUAUCGUACUAUAAUUAGUGUUAAGGUUGCUUUGUAGGGAAUAAUAUACAUACGGGGUAUCCUUGAAGUAAAAUAUCCAUCUUAGUUAUUUGCUUAUUUUGAGUAGAAAUUGUCAUUUUUUUUAAAUAACUCACUUUUAAAGAUAUUUUAUGGAAAUUUGAUGCAGAGAAUUUGAA